UGUUUUCAAGUGAAGGUAAAAGCAAGAACAACAUCAGUAUCUAGUUCAUCAAAAACAACAACAAAAAAAACUACUGUCAAGACUAGAGAGAAGAAAGUUUACAGCUUGCCCGGCCAGAAGUAUGAUGUUCCAGAAGAGAGAGAGCCCUUGAGGAUAUUUUAUGAAUCACUGUCAAAGCAGAUACCUUCAAGUGAAAUGGCUGAGUUUUGGUGA